AGAAAUCUUCAAUUCCGUUGGCACUUGCCCAUUCAAGCUUCAGCUUUAAGCCUUUAACCAAAAUCAUGGCUCAUACUUCAUCAUCAAGGAAUUCUCAUCUCCAAUCUUCAAAGUUUAAUUUCAUUCUCUUUCAGGUCUCAUUGUAUUUCUUGCUUUUAGUAUCUCCUGCAACAUCAUUAAGCUUCAACUUUUCCAAUUUCACUAAAUCAUUAGUGAAUAAUGGAAGCAUCAGACUCCAAUUAGAUGCACUACUCUAUGAGCCAAUCAUCAGACUCACAAAAAAUCGACAAGAUCAAAAUAGUACAAAUAGUACGGGUAGAAUGUUGUAUAAUGCUCCCGUUCAGCUCUGGAAUUCGAAGACCCUAACGGAUUUCACCACCAAUUUCUCCUUAACUCUCAGAAAUCCCUCAGACUACCACAACUGCGCCUCCCCUAACAAGACUCUCUGCAUUGGAGAUGGGCUUGCUUUCUUCCUUGCUCCCUUUGGUUACUUCAUUGCUUCCGAUGAUUCCACAGUCGAAGAUGUAAGCCUGGGAAGUGGUGGUCUGGGUCUGUUCAACAACUCAGCAACUCAGAAGAUCGUUGCAGUCAAGUUUGAUACUUUUCAGAAUACAUGGGACCCAGAUAACAGUCACAUAGGUAUCGACAUAUCUUCCAUCUUGUCUAAUAAAACUAUCUCAUGUAAUAGUAGUCUUUGGAGUUGGAUGAGAAAUAAUUCUAUCCCUUGGGAGGCUUGGGUUAGUUAUGAUUCAAGUUCCCUAAACUUGAGUGUUGUAUUGACUUGUUCUGAUAAAACCAUUCCUUGUGAGAUCUGUAGCCUUAACUAUAAUGUUAAGCUAAGUGAUUAUCUUCCAAAACAAGUGACUAUUGGGUUUUCUUCAACCAGUGGAGAGGCCUACGAGCUACAUCAGCUCAACUCCUGGGUCUUCGAUUCGACUUUGGAACUGGAAGUUAAUUCUUUGAAAGAUUUUGUGGCAAUGGCUGCGGUCGAAUCUUCCAUAGCUACUCUCUCGGUUUUGUAUGCCCUUGGGGUUGGGCCUAGGGAGUUUUCGUAUGCUGAAUUGGCUAGAGCAACUAAUUAUUUCCAUGAGACACAAAAGCUUGGAGAAGGAGGAUUUGGAGGUGUUUAUAGAGGCUUCUUGAGUGAUCUCAACAUGGAUGUAGGUGUGAAGAGGAUUUCUAAAGGAUCUAGACAAGGGGAAAAGAAAUAUCCAUUGGAGGUGAAGAUCAUUGGUCGAUUGCGGCAUAGGAACCUUGUGCACCUUAUUGGUUGGUGCCUCCAACGUAAAGAGCUACUUCUUGUGUAUGAGUUCAUGCCCAAUAGAAGCCUUGAUUCCCAUCUAUUUCAAAAUAAGGGUUCCUUGGCAUGGGAGUUGAGGUACAAGAUAGCUCUUGACUUAGCCUCUGCAUUACAGUAUUUGCAUGAAGGGUGGGAUCAAUGCGUUGUCCACAGGGAUAUUAAAUUGAGCAACGUAAUUCUUGAUUCCAACUUCAAUGCUAAACUAGGUGAUUUCGGUCUAGCUAGGGUUGUUGAAAAUGUAACAAAGUCACAAACAAAUAAUGUAACUAGUCCCAUGGGAGGAUGGCUUGUGGAACAUGGGAAAGGGACACAGGCAACCAAUGUAGCUGGUACCAUGGGAUACAUGGCACCUGAAUAUGUUUUUACUGGGAAGGCUAACAAAGAAUCUGAUGUCUUUAGCUUUGGUAUCGUUCUAUUAGAAAUUUCUUGUGGUAGAAAGGCCAUUGAGAAGACUGCUGACCCAAGUGAAGUUUGUUUGGUAGAAUGGGUUUGGGAUCUCUAUAGAAGUCGAAAACAUCUCGAAGCAGCUGACCCAAGUCAAUGUAUGGAUGCUACUGAUAAGCAGCAAUUAGAGUGCUUGAUUGUUGUUGGGCUAUGGUGUUCUCAACCAAACUUCAAUCUCCGACCUUCUAUUGGGCAAGCUAUUAAUGUUCUCAAAUUUGAUGCUCCAAUGCCCAUUCUCCCAUGUUGUAAGGAGCCUAUUUCUUCUCCAUUCAAUAGGAGGAGUACAUUCUCGAUUACAUCUUUCCAGGGUUUUCUAGAAGAUUUAUGUGCAUCUUUCACCGGGUUACUAAGGAUAGGGGAGAAUGUUGUUUGUCGCCUCAAUGGCUCUUUGUAUGGCCUCAAACAGGCUUCCCGUCAAUGGUUCGCCAAGCUCUCCAUAGCCCUUCUCCGUCUUGGUUUUACUCAAUCCAAGGCUAACUAUUCAUUAUUUUUCAAGGGUCAUGAUGCAUCUGCUAUCUAUAUUUUGGUGUAUGUCGAUGAUAUCCUUAUCACAGGUCAGAACUCCACUGCUAUUACCGCCCUAAAAAUGACCUUGCAUCAACAAUUCCGCCUCAAGGAUCUCGGCCCGGUUAAGUACUUUCUUGGUCUUGAAGUGGCCCGGUCCCGUCAUGGAAUCUUUCUAAAUCAGCAGCAAUAUGCUUUGGACAUCCUUUUGGACAUGAAUUUUUCUGGGGCACGCACUACAGCCUUUCCUAUGGAACAACACCUUAAAUUAUCCCCCUCCGAGGGAGAUUUACUAGAUGAUGCUGGUUCUUAUCGCCGCCUGAUUGGCCGGCUUAUUUAUCUCACCAUUACUCGGCCUGAUAUUGUACAUACUGUUACCCUCCUCAGCCAAUUCAUGCACCAGCCACGAUAG